AUGGCGGCGGCGGCAGGCGCGGGGCCUGGUCCCGGGCCCGGUGCUGGGGCCUCCGGGGCAGGCUCCGGUUCCGGCUCCGGUUCCGGUUCGAACCCCCGUAAGUUCAGCGAGAAGAUCGCGCUGCAGAAGCAGCGGCAGGCGGAAGAGACGGCGGCCUUCGAGGAGGUGAUGAUGGAGCUCGGCUCCACGCGGUUGCAGGCCCAGAAGCUGCGGCUGGCGCACAGCCGGGGGCCCUAUUACAGCGGCUCCCUCCCCAACGUCAACCAGCUGGGCAGCGGCGUUCCCGACUUCCAGGGCCCGCUGCAUUCCCCGCUGGAUUCCACGCGGAGCACCCGGCACCAUGGCCUGGUGGAGCGGGUGCAGCGGGACCCGCGCCGGAUGGUGUCCCCCCUGCGCCGCUACGUGCGCCACAUCGACAGCUCUCCCUAUGGACCCACGUACCUGUCGCCCCCCCCCGAGCCCAGCUGGAGGAGGACCAUGCCCUGGGGGAACUUCCCGAUGGAAAAGGGCCAUUUGUUCCGCCUGCCCUCGGCUCUCAACAGGACGAAUUCCGACUCCGCUCUGCACACGAGCGCCCUGAACCCCGGCCCCCAGGACCCCUUCCUGGGCCCCACACAGGGACCCCCCGCGCCCGGGCGCCGCGGUUUCCUGGAUGGGGAUGUCGACAGCAAAGUGCCUCCCAUUGAAGAGACCUUCGAUGAUCCCAAGCCCCCGCUGAAGCCUUGGGACACCCGGAAGCUCUCCUCAUCCUCAGCUCGGCCGCGCUCCUGCGAGGUCCCGGGCAUCCACGUUUUCCCAUCCCCGGACCCCGCCGCUCCCGGGCCCCUGCUCCCGCCCGCGCUCAGCACCGGGGGCUCCCUCCCCGACCUCACCUCCCUGCACUUCCCCUCCCCGCUGCCCACGCCCCUGGACCCCGAGGAGGGGCCCUUCCCGAGCCUGGGCUCCUGCGGCAGCACCGGGAACCUCACCAGCACCAUGACCCAGCUGGGCAUCAGCGGCACCAUGGCGCUGGCGCCCCCGUACGACGCCCAAGGCUCCUCCGCCCGGCACCGGGGCCCCCCCACCCUGGCCUUGGGGGGCGAGAGCCGGCGCCAGCUCCCAAACCACCGCUUCCCGCCGGCCCCGGCACCGGCACCGGCACCGGCCCUGCCGCAGGCACAGCCGCAGCCACAGGCACAGGCACAGGCACAGGCACAGAUACAGGCACAGGCACUUCCCAACAGCGCCCAGGGGGUCCCAUUGGACAGCACCAAGCUGGGGGCCGAGCAGCGCCUGCCCCCUUACCCCUACCCCCAGCCCGGCCUCCUCCUGCCCCACAGAGCCCCCCCCGCCCCACAAGUGCUGCCCAGCGCCGCCCCACAGCUGCCCCCCCACUACCAGCCUCUGGGGGACUUCGCCUUGGGCACUUUUGAGCAGUUUGGGAUGGGCGAAGGCUCCGGGGGCCUGGGCUUCCCCGAGGAUUUGGGCUACCAAGAGAGCGAAGGGGGCUACGAGCCCCCCCCCAUCCUGGCCCGCCCGCCCCAUAGCAACUGCAGCCGGCACGGGGGGAGCGUGCCCAGCAUCCUCCUGCCAGGGGAGUCCCCGUGCGGGCUGUCCAAGGACAUCGCGGCCGCGCUCUCGGGGCUGCCUGGCUUCGAGGUGGAGGCGGUGGGGCUGGGGCUGGAGCAGGAGCUGCGCAUCGAGCCCCUGGGGCUGGAGGGGCUCAGUGUGCUCAGCGACCCCGCGGCCCUGCUGCCCGACCCCGCUGUCGAGGACGCCUUCCGCACCGACCGCCUGCAGUGA